CAGCGCAUGGUUAUGAGUGCACUUUCCGACCCCUGUAAGGCUGCAGAGUGGGCUGAGAGCUCAGAACUCCUGCUUUCUCCGCCUCCAAAGGAAAAAAAAAGCCAGCUUGAGCUGAGUUACACUGAGUUACACUGCUCUCAGACAGAUCGGCCGGACCGUCUGUUUUCUCUUCACACACACACACACACAGACGCGCGCGCACAGCUUUAGACUUGGAUUUGGAAGAGCCAUUUUUGUGUUUCUUUAAGCUUUAAUUACAAUGAAGUGAAGUUUGCACUUAUUCUGUGAAACAAUUUAUUAUUGCAUUUUUUUUUGUGCAAGAAGAAGCGCUUUUGGAGAAAGAAAAAAAAAAACCAGACGCACACAUGGAUGUGCUCUCAGUCUAACUUUCCUCUUUUGCAGAAGUUUUUUUUAUUUUUCUUCUAUACAUAUCUUUUUCCCCCCUUUUAUCUUUUCCUUCCUCCUUCAUCCGAUCAGACAAUGCGAGUGAUCGUACUAUCCGCCGUUCUCCUGCUCUGCGUCCGGUCUCUGGUCCGCGCCGAGCCCAAGCCCAAGACCUGUCCGUCACGCUGUGAUGUGAGCGCGUGCCCGAGCCCGAGCUGCCCGAGCGGCUACGUGCCAGAUCGCUGCGGCUGCUGUCUCGUGUGCGCGCGUGCCGAGGGCGAGUCGUGCGGACGCGCGCACGACCUGGCCUGCGGCGACGGGCUCGAGUGCAAGCAUCCGGCGGGGAAACGGCUGUCGAAAGGCGUGUGUCAGUGCCGCUACGGAGCCAAGGUGUGCGCCAGCGACGGGAGGACGUACGCCAACGUGUGCCAGCUGAAAGCCGCGAGCCGCAAAGCACUGCAGCAAGGCCUGUCGGGACUCAGCUCUCUACACAAGGGCCCGUGUGAGAGUGGCCGAGGUCCCACACACCCCAACAGCCCGAGGUAUAAAUUCAACUUCAUUGCUGAUGUUGUGGAAAAGAUCGCCCCGGCUGUGGUUCAUGUGGAGCUCUUCCUAAACCACCCACUUUUUGGCCGGACCGUACCACUGUCUAGCGGCUCAGGCUUUGUGAUUUCUGAGACUGGGCUGAUCGUGACAAACGCUCAUGUCGUGUCCACUAACUCGCCCGUGUCGGGACAUCAGCAGCUUAAAGUGCAGAUGCAUGGCGGAGACACUUACUACGCUACAAUUAAAGACAUUGAUAAAAAAUCCGACAUCGCCACCAUCAAAAUCAACUCACAGAAAAAACUGUCAGUCUUGUUGCUGGGCCACUCAGCAGACUUGCGGCCUGGGGAGUUUGUGGUUGCUAUCGGGAGUCCGUUCGCUUUGCAGAACACUGUAACCACAGGGAUCGUCAGCACGGCUCAAAGAGAUGGCAAAGAACUGGGUAUCCGGGACUCAGACAUGGAUUACAUCCAGACUGAUGCAAUUAUAAAUUACGGCAAUUCAGGUGGCCCUCUUGUCAAUCUGGAUGGAGAGGUGAUUGGAAUCAACACCCUUAAGGUAGCAGCAGGGAUCUCCUUCGCCAUUCCUUCAGACAGAAUAACACUUUUUCUCAAUGACUCCAUGGGGAAACAAAACAAAGAAGUGAGAUCGGUAAAGAAGCGUUUCAUUGGAAUUCGCAUGCUCACUAUCACCGAAGCUCUUGUAGAGGAGCUGAAGCAGCAGAACCCAGACUUCCCUGAUGUCAUCAGUGGAAUAUAUGUCCAUGAGGUCGUCCCUCAUUCUCCAGCUCAAAAAGGAGGUAUAAAGGAUGGCGACAUCAUUGUGAAGCUAAACAGCCGGCCGUUAACCAGCACCAGUGAGCUGAAGGAGGCGUUGAUGGAGGACACGGCUCUGCUGCUGGAAGUCCGCAGAGGAAACGAUGAUCUGCUGUUCAACAUCGAGCCUGAUGUUAUCAUGCAGUGAGAAAUAUAUGCACCUUAUUAUUUGCUCUGUACGCAGGGACAAACUUGGAUGGCAUGCUGGCAGCCACAGACAAUAACAGCCAGCGUCUUAAACACCAUGAAGCCCAAAACCACAGCCGAGUAGGAUUUUAAAUGGCUGUGUUUUGUCGCCAGAAUACUGUACAUAUAUAUGGAUGGAGAUGAAAAGUCUUGUACCAUUUAGUUUAUGGUGAAUAAGGAAAUAUAUAGUACUGUACUGCUUUUUGAAGACAAUGCUGGUGAUAUUGCAAAGCAGCUACUUUUUGUGCCUGAGACCAUUUCCUGGGCCAAGGUGAAGCAGAAUAAGCACAUGUAGAUGGUCAGUAUGCCAUCUUUGAAUUUUAAAGUGUGUCAAGAAAUCAGUAAAAAAAAAAAAAUGGGAAAAAUGUUAUGUGCAUUAGCACGCUUGUAUAAAAUGUGACCAACACAUCCUAUUGCUGAUCCCUUUAUCAUUGUCUUUUGAUGUUUAAAAUCUACUUUUACUUUUUUAAAUCUACAACUGUAAGCAACUUACACCUUGUUGAGUCAAAAUGUUUACAAUUGUGUCUGCUGGUUUGUACCAAUAAAGUCAAUAUUUGUUACGUCA